AUUAAGGACUACCGACUUUAAAAAAGAUAAAGAUUGUGGUAGAAAAAGGAACAGGAACCAAGGACACAUUGGUCUGUUAUGAUAGUAAUGAAUGACUAACACACAUGUGCAUAAAAAGCAACAUUCCUACUUACAUAGUUCACAAUCUAAAAAGCCGAAGUCCCAAGCACAUGAUCCCACAAUCAAUGGAAGAAACAACAGCAACCAUCAUGGCUGCACUCUCCACCUUCACUCCUUCCCAUUUAUCAGAUCUCACUCACUCCAUUCUCUCAGCCACCCACCACCACCACCGUCGCCUCUCCUUCCUCCUCUCUUCCCCAACUCUUUUCUCCCUAACCCUUCAUCACCUUCACACUCUCUCUCUUCCCCAAAAGACUCUUCUCAUUGCCCGCCACCUCCUCUCAUCUCUCCACCGCCUCACCCGCCACAUCCAACCGGAAAACAGAACAUCACCGCCGCCUCCGCCGCCGUUAUCCACCACCAUCAGACAGCGCGAUCUCGAUGCUGUUUUGCUGCUCCUCUUGCUCUGCGAGACCCACAACCACAACCCAGAAGCUCUAGAGGGACCCUCUUCUGAUUGGAGGGUGAACUUGAGCAAGCUUUUCUCUGAUGAAUUGUUGGUGCUUUCUUCUUCUUCUGUGCCCGUUGGGGCAUGUUCAGGGACAACCUUGAUUCCCUUCGUUGAGAUGGUGAGCCGGUGUUGGAGACUCGUGGGUGCACUUGGUUGUGGCGGCGGCGGUGGUGGGAAGGAAGUUGGGGAGGUGGCGGCGUCUGCGGCGGCGGUGGUGGCGCUGCCGUCGGUGGAGGUGAUGUUGGGUGGGAGAGAGUGUGUGAUAUGCAAAGAGGAGAUGAGAGUCGGAAGGGACGUGUGCGAGUUGCCAUGUCAGCACUUGUUCCAUUGGAUGUGCUUAUUGCCGUGGCUGGGGAAGAGGAACACGUGUCCUUGUUGCAGGUUCAGGCUGCCGUCCGAUGACGUUUUCGGAGAGAUCCAACGGCUGUGGGAAGUUUUGGUUAAAAUAAGUGGAAAAGAAUAAGAUGAUUCCUUAAAAUAACCUUUAUAGUUUUAAAUAUUUGUUAAGGAAGAGGUUAUAUUUAUAAAUUUUUUGUUUAUAAAUUCUUACAAAUUACAAUAAGUAUGAUCGGUCAUACCUUCAGUUAAGAAUAUAUAACCGGUCAUAUUUAUGUAAUUUGUAAAAAAGAAUUGUAAACAAAUUCUUCUUCUUCGCUAAAUCACAUUAUUUCUCACUCCCCAAAUGAAUUGAAGGUGGGUGACUAGAUAGGGCUGUCUCCGAGGAAGAAAGGGAGGUGGGGCACACAGUCAAGGGCUUGUGAUUUUUGUGAUUGGGAGAAUAUGGCGUAGCAUGGUUGGUUCAUGGCUGAAUUGCUUGCAUGUCUUUGUUUUGGUUUGGAUAUUUCUGACCUCAGACAGGGACUCCUGUGGUAGAGGCUACAGGGUAUGAUUGUGUGGCCAAGUCAAUGGAAGGAUUACAAGUGUGAUUGUAUAUAGAUAUGUCGAUAAGACGAUAAGUAUAUACUCGAUAAAUUGAUUGGGCAAUUGCAAUAGCUUUAGCAAUGUGUUCCUCAUAGAUGCAUGGAAUAAGUUGAUUUGCAUUAAUUGCUAAUUUGUUGUUAGCCUCAUGAUUUAUGUC